AUGCAGAUUACCGCUAUUGCAUCCGUGCUCAGCCUCUUGGCCGGCUACGCCGUCGCCCUGCCCGCUGGCGACCCUUCAACGGCCGACUUGGCUUUUGAGGUCCCCUCCCUUUCCCCACCAGUCAACAUGACUACCAAACUGCAUCCGAUCGAGCCCCGUGGCAUCGUUUGGCGGGACAUCAAAAUAUGUGCCAACUCGAAGCUGAGCGGAUCGUGCUUGACGCAGCGAAUCAAGGCCAACCAGGAGUGUUACGGGCUACCGCCGUACAUGAACGACAAGAGCUCAUCGCUGUGGGUGGCGCAGGCAUUUUGCACCGUGUACAAAGACCAGCGGUGUACUGGGCCAUCGCGACAGAUCCAGGAGCCUGGCAUCGACGAUUUCAAGACGAUCGGGUUCAACGACAUGGUCAGCAGUUUCAAGUGCCAGUACUACACGGCCCUGUGGUGA